AUGCGUAGACGAAACAUCAUUUUAUCAGAAAAAUCCUUUGAAGUUGGUCGCUACGAUUCGGCGAAGGCGCGUAAAUCCUUGUAAUUUAUGAAUAUGCUGGAGCAGCUGGACAGGGGAGAGGGCUUAUAUUGUCUAUGAUACUUUGAAUUUUCUAUGGUUAAGUUGAGGCUUUGGCUUGCCCUUCCAAUUGGUCUCGCUUGUAAAAGCGUGAAUUAAAGUCUCACAUGGAUUCUCUUCCUUCUUCUUCGAGUCCUUUUUCUUGUAAUUCACAGCUUUCUGGUACUGAUUCCCAAGCAUUAUGACUUCAAAGAAAUUCGGGGAAUCCUACUCACCAAACCCACCACGCUAAGCAAACGACCUAUAGCUACGGUGCUCUUUAUUACUCUUUCCCACUACUUCGUCCCUCGGGAAUCACAGAACACAGAUUCAAAAAGCUGGGUGAUCAGGACUCCAAAAUCGAGGCCGAUUUUGGGUCAUCCACAGUGGCAUCGUCGAAGUUUUUGUUUGAGCGCAGGGACGUCGCCAGAUCAUAGAAUAGCAACAAGAAGACCCUCUUUUGCUUCUUUCUUGUGGCUAUCGGAUUUUGAGUUGGAAAAUAUGGUGGGUAUAUUUUCAAGAUUUAUCGUUGGAAGGAAUGCCCAUCGACGGACGCAAAGCGCACUCGAUGAGAGGGAAUCAUUACCUCCAAAUUCUGAAGGUGCCGCUGGCCAGAGUGCUGUCACUACCACUCUUCAUGGAAUUGAAAUAGCAGUAGCGUUUAAGCCUGUUGAACACCCAACCGAGCCUCUUGACAAUGAUAGACCAAUUCAGUGCCCGUUACCAGAACCUUCAAUCAUUAAUGAUGGAAGAAUAUGGAAAGAGAGAGCAUCUGCAACAAUGCAUAGAAGAUCUGACGUGGCAGUGAUGAAGGAUGGAGGAACCCCUGAAUCCAAUGGUGCUGGGUCAAAGCCACGCACAACUCAUCCUAACAGAACGAUUCUGCCAUCACUCAGUGCCCCAGAACAUAAUAUCGUAAACCUUCUCGAAGAGUGUAACGCAUCAGGGAUAUAACCUGCUGUCAUAUGGAAGAAUUAGAAACUAUCGCUGUCAUAUGGAAGAAUUAGAAACUAUCUAUUUGAACACGGUGAAAAUUCUCUGGUUGCCGUCGUAGUUCAGCAGACAGUCAUUUGUGAUGUAACGACUUCUUUUCUUUAAAUAAAAGACUUCAUUGAAACA